AUGCGUGCAAUCCAAGUCAAAGAAUACCUCAAGGGCCCUCAAGACCUCACCGUGUCCUCCCUCCCCAACCCCACACCAUCCGCAGACCAAUACCUAAUCGCCAUCCACGCAACCGCCACCAAUUUCUUCGACCUCCUCCAAAUCCGAGGCAAAUACCAACACCAACCCCCAUUUCCAUGGAUCUCAGGUAGCGAAUUUUCCGGUGUCGUCCUCUCCGUCCCUUCCUCGAAUCCAUCCCCAGCUUUCAAAAAAGGAGACAGAGUCUUCGGUGCCGCACAAGGCGGAUAUUCCACACAUGUCUGCGCAGCGGAGACGGCACUGAGGCCUGUGCCAAAGGGAUGGGGGUUCGUCGACGCGGCAGGCCUGAUGGUGACGGCGCCGACGAGUUACGGUGCCCUGGUCACAAGAGCUGGCGUGAAGAAGGGUGACUACGUCCUCAUACACGCAGCGGCCGGUGGAGUAGGCCUAGCGGCUGUUCAAGUAGCCAAAGCAUUCGGAGCGACAGUGAUAGCGACAGCGGGUUCGGCGCGGAAAUUAGAAGUCGCGAAGGGGUUCGGGGCAGAUUAUGCAAUUGAUUAUAAUACGAAGGGGUGGGAGGAGGAGGUUAAGAAAUUGACGCCGAGGGGGAGAGGUGUGGACAUCGUUUAUGAUCCUGUGGGGAUGGUCAACACGAGCUUGAAGUGUACGGCUUGGAAUGGGCGGAUCUUGGUCAUUGGGUUUGCGGCAGGGGAUAUUGAGAAGGUAGCUAUGAAUAGGGUGUUGUUGAAGAAUGUCAGUUUGGUGGGGCUGCACUGGGGGAUGUAUACGAGGGAAGAACCAGAGACAGUUGAGGAGGUUUGGAGAGGCCUGUUUCGCUUGAUGGAUGAGGGUAAAUUCAGGGGAACCGUAUAUUCGGAUCGGAUAUUUUCUGGGCUGGAGAGUGUAGGUGAGGCGUUAGGGAUGCUUGGACGAAGAGAGACCUGGGGGAAGGUCGUCGUCUCUGUACCUCAAGAUGGGCAGAGUAAGCUGUAG